AUGCCCGCCGAAUCCGGUCUGCCUGCGGGCUGGGAGGUCCGCCAUUCAAACUCGAAGAACCUACCCUACUACUUCAACCCGGAGACCAAGGAGUCGAGAUGGGAGCCGCCGGAGGGCGCAGACUCGGACAAGCUCAAGGUGUACAUGGCCAAUUACCACAGCUCGAGACCUCUGGCCGCAGACGGUGCGGGCUCAUAUCAGGGCAAGAUACGGUGCGCGCAUUUACUGGUUAAGCACGAGGGCAGCCGGCGGCCGUCGAGCUGGAAGGAAGCGAAGAUCACACGGUCCAAGGACGAGGCAAUGAGCAUCAUCUUGGGUCACGAAGCACGAAUUCGGUCUGGAGCGACCAGCUUGGGAGACCUCGCAACAUCGGAAUCAGACUGCAGCAGCGCACGGAAGAGGGGUGACUUGGGUUUCUUUGGCAAGGGAGACAUGCAGAAGGAGUUCGAGGACGCGUCGUUUGCGCUCAAGCCGGGCGAGGUCAGUCAUGUGGUGGAGACUGCCUCAGGCCUUCACUUGAUAGAGAGGUAA